AUAUAUCCAACAAACGCACUAGCUAGCUAGCUAGCUACCGGUAGCAAAAAGAAGUAUCUAUCUAUCUACAAACAAUCAUGACAACCGAAAGCCAACAGCAUCAGCCGACGACAAUGCGGGUGGUGGAAUCCGAGCCAUUACCAUGCUCGCUUGCAAACAACACAAGCUCCGGAUUACUGUGGCAGAAGAUUUCGGUAACUGCUUUGAAGAAAACGGGCGAAACCGAUACAACCGUGCUGCACGGUGUCACUGGAAUGGCCGAGAGGGGACGCCUAACGUGCAUCGUUGGAGGAUCCGGUGCGGGCAAGACGAGCUUGAUCAAAGUCCUUGCCGGUCGCAUCCGGGCUUCCAAGGACCUCGUUCUGGAGGGCCAAGUCUUUCUGGAUGGCAAAAAGGUCGACCCCGGAGUCCUUGCGAGCUCGUUCGGUGGGGCAAAGAAGCAUCUCGGUUAUGUUCCCCAGCAGGACACGCACAUCAAGACAAUCACACCUCGUGAAGCGAUCCGCUUCUCUGCCAAGCUUCGUUUGUCCAAGCACGCAACCGAGAAGGAAAUUGAUGACCUGGUCCAAAACACGCUCAAGGAACUGAGGCUUUCGACCGUUGCCGACAGAUACGGAUCCAACCUCAGUGGAGGUGAGAUGCGUCGCCUAUCGUUGGGUGUCGAGCUCGCCACCAAGCCAAGCAUCAUGUUGUUGGAUGAGGUCACAUCAGGCCUGGAUAGCCACAGCGCCGCCGUAGUGAUGGAAAUUUGCCGCGUGGUGGCUCGUGAGCAACAGGUUGCUAUGCUCCUCUCGGUUCAUCAACCAAACUCGGAAGUCUUUGAGAAGAUGGACACUUGUAUCCUUAUGCACAAUGGCCGCUUCAUGUACCAAGGAGAAGCUUCCGGAAUGAUGGACUACAUGACAUCAAAAGGCCUACCACCUCCUGUCGGAUACAAUGCCCCAGACUGGGCAAUCAAGGUGGCCCAAACGAACAGCUUCCAAGAUCUCUGUAACAAGCAUGGAUUCUUUGACGCCGUGGAGGAGUCCAAGUUUUUCUUGCUCGACAAUGACAGUCAUGACACCAUGGGCAGCAGCAGCAACGAUGAAGAUCCGUGCGCGAGUGUUGCUGCUGGUACUGACAAAGCUUCCCACUCCUUUCAGCGGGUCUCGCUCUUGACCGAAACCAAAGAGAUAAUGCGCAGAGAUUUCCGAAAUCUAUGGCGCGAUCAUGAGGCCCUCAAGUUGCGAAUAUUGACCGUUGUCGUCAUCUCCGGCCUCCUUGCGAUUUGCUUCUGGCAAAUUGGCUCUGACUCACUUUAUAGUGCCAGUGCCUUCUCCUAUCAUGUCGGUUCUAUAUUCCUCUUGUCAACUGCAACAUUUGUCCCUCUGCUCAUGGUUAUCACCGACAGCAUUGAACAACGUCAAGUCUUUGUCCGAGAGCACUCCGCUGGAUACUACCGUGCAUUGCCGAAUGCAAUCACCAAGAUACUGCUAGAUGCUGUAAUUCUGGCAGUCUUCACCAUCACCAUCCUGCUUAUUUCGUUUUGGUCCCUUGAUAUGACUGGCAGCUUCACCGCACUGACCUGUGCGCUCUUUCUUGGCUCAAUGGUGGCCAAUGCUUUGGGACACUUCUUCGUAACCAUCCCUGAAAAUGCUGCUUUGGUCAUGGACUUGGUCCCGUUGGUCCUGACACCACAGACGCUCUUCUGCGGCUUCAUCAUUGCUGUCGAUGCUCUGCCCAAAUGGAUCCGGUGGUUCUCUUGGCUCCAGCCACUGACUUAUCUGUACAGGAUUCUUCUCAAAAACGAAUUUUCAUCCUGUUUGGAGCACACUCCAGAGGAAACACUCCUGUUGAACUGCGCCCGGGCGGCGAGAGAGGUGCUUCAUACGAAUGGUGUGGUGGAUCUUGCUGGAUUGUACGACGACAACACCGUGUUGUCCGUACCCACUGUCGGUGUAUUUGUUGGCAACGAUGCUAUCCAGGAGUACGUUCGAUAUUUCUCAGUGCAAGGUGAUUCGGGUCCCGACUUUCUACUUUGGGAUACUUGCUCGACGGAAGGGACACAGAUCAUUGAACUUCAGGAAGUCGGUGAAGGCUAUUGCGAAAUUACGCUUGCCCAUGCUGUCUAUUCCUUGGUGAACCCUAAACUUCGCAGUUCGCCUGAAAAGAUUGCCAACUCGAUGGUGUUUGGUGACCGAUUUCGAUUGGAAUACGGCGAAGACGGGAAGGACGCGCACAUGGCAAGUCGUAACGUGUACUUUCCCCCACAAUUCUCCACUAUCAUUGGCGGCACCGUCGAUGAUUCCAUCAUGCGGUCUCAUGUCUGCGUCGCCAUGGAGGAUUACUGCCCUUCAGUGUUUGAACAGAAUGGCUUUGAAACCCCCAGCGAUUGUACAGAAGCGUUGGCACCAAUCCCAGUGGUUACGAGAUCCCAUCAAGGGAUUGAUACCAUAGAUGGGAACUCGCUGGGUUGCCGGCACGUUCAUUCAACGUUGGCCAAACACGACCCCAGUACCCAUUGCCCGCACAUGUCGUUGCUCCCCAUGGAAGAUCCUGCAGGAAAGGUCAAAUGCCAGGAUAGCUACAACUUCACCUAUGAAGAGUUUUUUACUCCCGAAGACUUUGCCUUGUUUGAUCUCGUUGCCACCCGAAACGGACUGGAUGAAAGUCACAUGCACUUGUUUCGAGUGGAAGAGUCCCCUCCUCCAGAAGUCACCUGCGUGCAAUCAGUGGUUUCUUCCGAUGACGUCGUGUCAUCCUUUGGUCUUCCAUCGGACCACUUUUGUUCCUCCUAUCUUGAAACACAAAAGGCUACGGAUGAGAGUGCCAUCACUGGCUAUUGGCUGGCACUGCUUGGGAUGUGGUGCGUCUUCCGUGGCCUUUCCAUCUGGAGCUUGAAGCACAAGGGCACACUCUGAAAAACUUGUCAGGACACAUACAUAUCCAUGUAGUAAACCCAUUGUAGUAAACAAUACAAUUUUGCUUUUAUGGGAAACAGUAGAUAGACCAUCCCGAGGCAGUUGCCAAUGACGAGGCUAGUCAUUUCGUUGGAGG